UGUCACGCUUGCCCUCCCACAGUCCUUUGCGACGUCCUUCACUGUCAUGGCGUCCCAAGGUAGCACUCUCCAUAGUAAGGUGGCCAAACUUCUGAGUCGGCGGAAUGGGAAGCCCGUAUUGAAACCUAACCGGCCCCUGGUGCUGGCGGACAGGGUGGCCAACCGGAAGCCGGACAUGGGAGAGGCAAGUUGCAUAACUGAAAUGUCUGUAAUGAUGGCUUGUUGGAAACAGAAUACGUUCAACGAUGUUCCUUGUUCCCAAGAAAUUGGUGCUUUCUUUAACUGUGUGAAAAAAGCAGAGGCUAAUAGAAAGUCUGGACUUAACCAAGAACUCCAAACCGGAAGACUACCACCGAAACAACUAAACCAAUUACUGAAGCGGUUUCCAAACAAGAGCCAUGAGAUCUAGAUAUUUUACUUGUAGCUCCAGUUGACUUUUCAUUCUUUAAAGAAAGAUUUAAUAAUGCGCCUUUUUAACAUUGAUCAUCAUGUUUAAGGACGCUUGCCACAAGUGGGACGAUAAUUGUUUCCAACUUCAGUGACCUGUUAUUUUUUUUUUAUUUUUAUGCCAUUUAUAUCCAGCAGGGUGCAUCAGGGCCUGUUCUUAUAUCAGGAAUGUAAGAAACACCAUGAAAAAGACUUCCUUUCAGUAAAAAAACAC